UAAAGGGUACCAAUUGUUAUAUUUUUUUAUGUUAUAAAGGUAAACAAAUUUGAAUAAAAAUAUCGUACUAUUAUGAUGAUUAAAAAUCACAGUUUCUAAUUAAUGAUAUAAUAUAUUGCAUCCCAUCAUCUCUUUAAAUUAUUAAAAGUAGUGCAUAAAACAUGAAAAAAUCGAAAUUAAUAUUAGCCGUCAGUAGGACAAGAAAUUGCGUGGUUGAAAUGGUGUGAUCCGCAGGCAGGACAAUACAUAGACAGAAGUGCUUCUUCCCCAUCUUCUUUCUUCUUUUACCGUGGGCGGGCAAUCAAACUUAAGAUGUUCGUAACUCAGAAACGCGUGCAACUGUCUCCUAAGUUCUAACUUCUGUCUCUGAAAUCUGUCUUUCCAAAUUUGCCCUUUUGUACUUUUUUUUUCUUCUUUUCUUCAAUAUUUUUAUUUUCCUUCAUUUUGAAAAUUUAUCUUUACCCGUAGAAAACUUUGGAUAAAGUAAAAUUGUGUUUUGGUUCAAUCCUUUUCCAGUGUUUUGGAGUUUAUCAAGUGUUUUAAGCUUUAACGUGGUUAAUGAAUAUCUGUUUCAAUUUCCAGUCUUUUAUUAUUAAUUAUCUUUUUUUUUUUUUUGAGUCCUAAAAACCAAGACCUGUCCUUUACAUAGGCGGUUCAUUGGGCCAGGUCUUGUCGGGAAUUUUCAAGUCCAAGUUCAAUCAGGUUUAUAGUCUGCUAUGUCCAGAAUGAAGCCCAAAUGAUAGAAACGAAACAAGCACGAUCACAUACCGCCCAUUCCGUUCUGAUCAAGAGACGCCUGAGAACUAUAACCGUUGGAUCUGUGUUUCCAAAAUCCAUUCCCUAAAGUUUCUAACUUGAUCUUACCCAGCCCGGUCCAAAACACCUAGCAAAACCAAAACCAAAACCAAAACCUCUCUUUUAUUUGAUAUCGGUUUCUCUUUCUCUUCAAAACAUCCUUAAAAAAGUGAGGGAUAGGAAAUCCUCCAGAUCUCUUUAUCUUUGUUCAGUCUUAGGUUAUUCCGCUUUGUCGAUGGAGAGGGAGGUGGUGGAUUUGUUCGAGGCCGCCAAGAAAGCGGCUGAUUUGGCGGCCACUGAUGCCGUUUCCUCCAAUGGCCACGAGGUUUCCAGAUGCGUCGACGCGUUGAAGCAGCUCAAGGCUUUCCCUGUCACUUACGAUAUUCUUGUUUCUACUCAGGUUGGAAAAAGGCUUCGACCUCUCACAAAGCAUACUAAGGAGAAGAUCCAAACUGUGGCUUCAGACUUGCUUGAGUUUUGGAAAAAAAUUGUUAUUGAAGAGACUAUUAAGAGUAAGAAAAAUGGCACCACUAGUGCUGUCAAGGUCGAGAAACUUCAGAAGCCAAGUGUUGUGAAGGCUGAAAAGCUCUCCAAUACAGAAACUGUAAAGGUGGAGAAAAUAUCUAAAAGCAAUUCAACAAAGCCCAUCAAAGUUGAGAAAAAGGAAGCAAAUGGAGAUACUGCAAUGGCUGAGAAUACAGAUCAGGGAGAGACUGGUAAAGUUGAAAAGAUUUAUAAGGAUGAGAGACGAGUGUUGAAUGUAAAGAAACCAUCACAGCCGCUGGUUGGUCCUCCAAAGCUGACGUCAUUGGUCAAAUGUAAUGAUCCAUUGCGUGACAAAUUUCGGGAAAUUCUUGUACAGGCAUUGUCUAAAGUUCCCAGUGAGGUUGAUGAGGACAUGUUGGAUCAAGUGAACGCUUGUGAUCCCAUCCAGGUUGCUGUAUCUGUAGAAGCUGUGAUGUUUGAAAAGAUGGGUAAAUCAAAUGGCACCCAGAAAUUUAAGUACAGAUCUAUAAUGUUCAACUUGAAGGAUCCAAACAAUCCAGAUUUAAGGAGGAAGGUUCUUCUGGGAGAAGUGAAGCCUGAAAGGCUUAUUAGUAUGACCCCAGAGGAAAUGGCCAGUGCACAAAGGCAACAUGAAAAUAAAGAAAUAAAAGAAAAGGCUCUAUUUGAUUGUGAGCGUGGUGGUGCACCGAAGGCCACAACAGAUCAAUUUAAGUGUGGUCGUUGUGGUCAACGCAAGACUACAUAUUAUCAAAUGCAAACAAGGAGUGCAGAUGAACCUAUGACAACCUAUGUAACAUGUGUAAACUGCAAUAACCAUUGGAAAUUCUGUUAGUGGAAUUUGGAGAUCUAUCAUUCAUGCAAUGAAGAUGUAGGGUUAAUCGUCUUGGAAGCUCCAUUCUGUUUAUCCUGAGUAUGUGGUCAUUGAUUUUAAAAUAAUCUUUUAUUCAUAAUUAUCUGCUAUAAGGACUUUCUUAAGGAUGACUAGUUUUUUGAGGGAUGAUAUUGCAAGAUCAUAACUCUGACUGUUUUACAUCUUAGGUGCUUCCAUACCUUCUACUCUUCCCGAAAACAGAGGCUUGUCUUGUGGCAAAGACGAGCUUGGAUGCACCUAGAGGCUCAUGUUGGCUACUUCUUUACGACAGUUUCUGGUUGCAUGAGGCAUUUCACGUGAAGUGCCUAAUGCUUGUUUUUCCAACAUAAACCCCUUUAGAUUUCCAAAGGAUAGGGAGUAUGCCAGUUGUAGAAUUAGAACCUACUUAAUUUCUUAGUGUACCAACAACAAUGCUAUAAAGGCAUGCAUUGAUAUUUCAAAUUGCUGUUAUUUUUGUAUAAUCUCCAUAUUUUUAUUCUUUUACCUUAUUUUAUGCUAUAUUUGAGAUUAUUUAUGAUUA